GCAAUCAGGGAUCAGGUCGGACAGCAACAUGGGCAGAAUCAUUUUCUACGAGGACAAGAACUUCCAGGGUCGCUCCUAUGAGACCAGCAGUGACUGUCCUGAGCUAACCUCCUACCUGAGCCGCUGCAACUCCUGCAGGGUUGAGAGCGGCUGCUUCAUGGUCUACGAACGUCCCAACUUCAUGGGCCACCAGAUGCUGGCUAGGAGGGGAGAGUACCCCGACAACCAGCGCCUGAUGGGGAUGAGUAUGAGCGACUGCAUCCGCUCCUGCCGUAUGAUCCCCAUGCACAGAGGACCCUUCAGGAUGAGGGUCUACGAGAAGGAGAACUUCGGAGGCCAGAUGAACGAGGUGAUGGACGACUGUGACUCCAUCCAGGAGCGCCUCCGCAUGUCUGACUGCCAGUCCGCUCAGGUGUCCGACGGCCACUGGCUGAUGUACGAGCAGCCCCACUUCAGAGGCAGGAUGAUGUACCUGAGGCCCGGAGAGUACAGGAGCAUGAGAGACAUGGGCAUGGGUCCCAUGGACAUGAGGAUCGGAUCCAUCAGGCGUAUUAUGGACUCCUGUUAGGAAAUCAAAGAGGCUUAUCUAUAAAUAAAGUGAUCUAUAAAGAAGAAUAAAGAGCUUUUAAAUUCCUCAUUUAUGCAAUUUAAAAAAAACAGACAAAACUUGAAGCGCUAUCUCAAAAAUCAGAGAGAAAUUUGUAUGAAUUUGAAGCGUCCUGAAAGCUGCUCUUUGAAUAAAUGUAACCCACAGCCAAGUCAAGAUUUCUUCCACCUAUGAAAUGUCUUUUAUCUUUUAUGAUGCAUUAAAAAUGGAUUUCAAAGGAUGAAAUA